AUGUUUUCCGUGAACGUGUAGUACUAUAUUGAUGACCGCUGCUGUAAAUUUUUUGGUUUGUGCUGAUGCUUUAUAUGUGUGAGAAUAAAGUCGUGUGGCCAGUGUGUGUGGGUGUAGGCAAGGGUAAGAAAGCCAAAGAAAAGGCAAAAGGAGUAGGGCAAGAACUGAAUUAAGAGGGGCAACAAGAAAGGAAACAGAAGUAAGGUUUUUGUGCAACUCAACCCAAAAAAUUAACUUUUCAAUAUUGCGCGCCUUUCGCUCGUUAGCCAACACUGCCCGCAGAAUGCAACCCUGACUGAACUCACUUACACACACAUAGAAACUCAUAGACCCAGGGAGGCAAAAAUUCACACACUAGCAAAUGUUUUUUGUUAUUAUUGAACAGUAAAGAACAGCGCAAAAAACGAGCUUACGAAUGUGAAAAACAAAGCGGUUGUGUGAAAAACAGCAACAAGAAAAGGCAUGUGGAAAGCAAAAGAAAAUUACUCGCGGGGGAGCAAUAUCGGCUGAGAAAGAAGCAGAAGCAAAAGCAGAGAAGGAGUGUAAGAAGAAGCAGCGCAGCCGCUAAUUGUCGCGUCGUUCGUUGUUGUUGCUGCUUUGCAAAAAACCGAAAAGUAAUAGCAAAAAUAAAUAGCAAAUAAAAAUAAUACAAUACAAAAUAUUAAGUUAUUAACAAAUUGAAGAGCAGCAGAAACUACAGAAACGAGCAAGAAGCAGCGGUAAAGGAAAAGGCAAAAAGGAGAACAACCGAAAAGGUCAAAAAAUUUAGUAAUUAAAUUGCACAAAAAUCGAGAGAUGAGAGCAAAUCAAUAAUAAUAAUAACAAAAGGAAAAGAGGCAAGGAGAAGAGGAGCAAAAGUAACGGCAGCUGCAUGUGUGUGUUUUUCUGUGGAUGUGUGUAAAACAAACAAAAAGAGAGUAAUUUUUUUAAUAAAAAUGUGGAAAUCAAGCAAGGAAACAACAAAAGCUAAAACAACAACAACAAAAGCAGCAGCUAGGAGCAGCGCAGUCAGCAGCGACGUCGACGCCAGCGUCGCCGCAUGGAAAGCACAAAAAACCGCAUGACAAGGAAAUGGAAAAUUUUUGUGCAGCCCGAAAAACCAAAUGUGAACAUAAAAGAAAGGCAAAAAGCAAGGCGUUGAGCGAAAGAAAAACAAAACAAAAACAUCAAAAAUUGAAUGUGCGUGUGUUUUCCAAUCUAAAAGGAUCAUAAUAAUAAUAAUAACUGGCAAAAGAAAAAGGCAGCGGCUUUCAAAAACCAAGAAGAAAAGAGAGUGGGAAAAAUAAAAGGAAAAGGAAGAAUACAAAGAGUAACUAUCAAAUAAAGCACAGAAAGAAAUUAUUGUGGAGGAGCAAAACGCUAUAUAAAAAUAUACAACAAAUAUUCUGAUGCAAAUCGGCUUCAAAGUAAGAGCAGCCGCCAAAAAUUAAAAAAAACCUUAAGAAGAAAUAGCCGCCUUUAAAUAUUUCAGCAACUGAAUGGACAAGCGGAAAGGAAUUUUAAAAUUAUAAACAGCAUCUUCGGUAACUAAACCACGCUAAAAUAUAUACAACAAACAGCUAAGGAUCUCGCGAAAGCAGCCGACGCAUCCUGAGCAGUUGAAAAUAAAAAAAUCGUUAAAAUACAUAAAAAAUAAUAUUAUAUCGCUGCCAUGGCCAGCAGCGCGACAAACGUCGACGGCGGCAGCGGGACGUCGGCGGCGCUGCCAUCGCUCUUCCCCGCCGUCGGCGCCGCUGCCGGCGUAAAGGAUAUGGACGGACUGAUUGCCAUUAACGAUAGCGCCCUAUCGCAACAGAUCGAAUUUAUACUGCAGGAUGCUCCCAUGGAGCAGGACGAUGAUCCUCACCAGCAUUCGCAUUCGCAUGUGCACCACCACCACCAUGCUGCGCACCAUCAUCCCCACUCGCAUUCGCAUCAGCAGCAGCAUCUCCAUCAGCAGCAGCAGCAGCAGCAACACCAUCCGCAUCAUCAUCUGAAGCUGGAGAACAGCAGCAACAACCACCCACCGACAGCAGCAGCAGCAGCAGCCGCGGUAGCAGCAGCAACAACUGCGACAACAGCAGUAACAUCAACCAACAACAGCGCUUCCUUUAGCACCAGCAGCAACGCGAACAGCAACAGCAACAAUCACCUGGACGGCCAGCAACAAUUGCUCAUCCAACAGCAACAGCAGCAGCAUCAUCUUUUGAACGGACGCCGCAUAAUCAUCCAGGCAACGGGCAGCUCCGCAGUUUUGGCCGCCAGCGAUAUCAAAGAGGAGGACGAAGAGGAGGAGGAUCCGGAGCUAAACGAUGAGAAUCUGCAGGAUAUCGAGGAGGAGGCUCAGGCGGCGGAGGCAGACGAGGAGCCCGAGAGCACCACACAGCACCUGGCCGCGCAGGUCAAGCUGGAGCUGGAAGAGGAUGAGGAGAUGCCCGAGGAUGAGGAGGAGGAGGACGAGGACGAUGAUGAGGAGCAGCAGCAGCACGGGCAGCUGGAGUACCAAAUAGGUUCGGCAACGCCAGCGGGUGGAGCGACAGUCAGCGGCGCUGGUGGUGCUGGUGGAUCGACAGCAGGAGCAGGAGCGGCAGGAGCCCAGCAGUUGGUUCAACUGCCCGCCGGGAGCAUUGUGAGCACCACCACCCACCGAUUGUCGGUGCCCGUGACCGAGGCGGCUCUCGUGCAGCUGCAGCGUCGGCCCGUUUACAUAAGCAACGCCGUGGGAGGCCUGACCGCCGGCACAACCUAUGUACGAAUGCCGGCGGCGGCGGUCAUCAGCCGCAGUCCCAUGACGGUGCUGAAUGUGGUGCAACAGGCGCUGCCGGCCACUCAGUUGAUCCUGCAGACCCAACAGCAACAGACGCCGGCAACGACAGCCGCCGAGCAGCAGUUGGCCUUGGCCUUGGAGCAGCAGAGGCAACAGCAGGAGCAGCAGGCCCAGCAACAACGCCAGCAGCAGCAACAGCAACAAGAGCAACAACGGCAGCAGCAGCAGCAACAACAAGAACAGCAAAGGCAGCAGCAACAGCAGGCGCAGCAGCAGCAAACCCAUCCAGUUAAGCAUUCAGCAUCAAGUUCUUCCUCAAACAGCAAUAGCAACACAAACUCCACCACCAACAACAACAACAGCAGUAACAGCGGCAGCAGCAGCAGCAACAGCAACAACAAUCCGCCGGCGGCAACCGUGACCACCAGUUACCAGUGCGUGGAGUGUGUGGAGAAGUUCGACUCGAAGGAACUGUUCGACAUCCAUCGCAGCGGUCAUGCCAACAACAUGAAGUGCGCCAUUUGCAACAUGGUGCUGAAGUCGCUGAAGAACUACGAGAAGCACUGCCUGCGCUGCAAGCCGUACGAGUGCCAGAUUUGCGGACGAGUCGUUCGCUUCCGGCCGAACUUCAUCAAGCACAUGCGCGUGCACACGGGGCAGCAGUCGGAGCGGCACAAGUACAAGUGCGAGGUGUGCCACAAGGAGUUCAUGAGCUUCGAGUACUUCAAGGUGCACAAGAAGAUCCACAACGAGAACGUCAACCUGACCUGCGAGAUCUGCGGCAAGGUGUUCAGUGCGUUGGCAUCGCUGCGCGGACAUUCGAAACUCCAUUCGGGCGUCAAGCUGCACAAAUGUGACGUAUGCGGCAAGGGCUUCGGACAGCGCUACAACCUGAAGAUCCACGCCAGAACGCACACGGGCGACUUUCCGUUCGAGUGCAAGAUCUGCAAGAAGAAGCUGCACACGCAGUCCUCGCUGCAGACGCACAUGCAGGUCCACCUGAGGGAUCAGCCGGGAGCGGCGGCGGCGGCGGCGUCUGCAUCGGGGCCCACCUCCUCGAAGGCCAGCAACAGCAGCAAUUCGAGCAACAGCAGCAACUCGAGCAGCAGCAACUCCAGCAGCAACGGCGGAGCAGCAGCCGCAGCAGCAGCUUCGACAGCAACGACGACGAUCGUUAAGCUGGAACCGCCGCACGAGCUGGACAGACCCGGCACAAGUAGCAAUCAGCUGCAGCAGCAGCAGCAGCACCUCCACCUCCAGAGCCAGCACCAAAUGGAGCUGGACGAGCAGUCGGGACUUAGCGGGGAUGAGGAGGAGGGCGGCGGCGUCGGUUUGAACUCCUCCUCGCACAUUGUGAACGCAACCACCAAUCGCUUGACCACCGGCGAGGACUCAUCGGAGUCCUCGAAUGCCUCGCUACACCUGAACCAGCACUCCUCCACCUCAUCCUCGCCAGCCUCGCAGCACCAGCUGUCGCAGUCGCAGCAGCAGCAGCAGCAGGUGCAACAGCAAUAUCUCGUUUCGGCGCCCACGCGAACCAUCGUCAUUAAGAACUACAUGCAGCAGCAGGGAUCCCAGCAGCAGCAACAGCAGCAACAGACCUCCGAUCCAACGCCCGUGCUGCAUGCCCAGGUCAUCCAGAGCGGUGCAGGCACCAGCAACGGCAACGGCAACACCUCCACCACCAACAGCAGCGGCGGCGGCAGCGGCAGCAACAUUGUGUCCACCAACAGCAGCGGCAAUCUGAGCAACGGCUCGCAGUUGAUAAGGAAGACCCCGAUCAUUCAUCACUCCACCGGGAGCGGCGGCAGCAGCGGUGGUUCUGCGCUGGCCAGUGUGUUGCGGCAGACAGGUGUUGUUUCGCCCGCUCAAUCGCCAUCGUCGUCGUCGACCUCUUCCACCUCAUCAACGGUGCUGGUGUCCAAGGCCAACGAUGUGCCCCUGUCCAUAGCUUCCUCAUCGAUCAUACGCAGCACGAGGAACCACCAACAGCAGCAGCAGCAGCAGCAGCAACAAGCCCAACAACAGCAACAGCAGCAGCGAGUGACGCAGCGCAACAACCACCGAAACCACCACCGACGUCGUCAUCUGGCGGACAUGGAUGACGAUGAGGACGAGGACGAGGAUCAGCAGCAACAGCAGCAGCAGCAGGCGCAGCAGCAGCAACAUCAUCAGCAUCAUCACAACCACCAUCAUCACCACCAUAACCAUCACAACCAUCACUUCGAUGACGAUGAUGACGAUGAGAAGUCAUCACCGUCCCUGGCCACAGCGGCCAUUAUCAAGGUGGAACCGAAUCUGUAUUCCUCGGGCUCCGGCGACAAUUCCAACGAUAUGUUCAUCAAGGAGGAGGUGAUGUUCGAGGACUCGGCCGCUUUGCAUUCCCCACAAUCGCCGCCCAGCUCAAAAUUCCGCAUCUCGAACUUUGAUAGUGACUUGGUGGAUCAUCACGUGAACUUGAAUCACUCGCUGCCGCCGUAUGGCAAUCUGUUUGAACCGCACUCGAUACCGGAUAGUAUACCGGUGCAAUUGUAUCCGGACGACGACGAUGACUUCCGGUUGGAUCAUAGUUCGCUGGGUGGACUGCACAACACAACGUCGUCGUCGACCACCGAUGGGGAUUUCAUCAAGAAGGAAUGGGUCUACGGCACCGGCACCAGUUCCUAUGCCAUGAACGGCAAGUUCGAUGAUGACAGCGAUGCGCUGUGCGACGCGGCCAACUUCAUCUACAAUUGAGUGCAGGCAGCCGUUGCCGUUGUGGUGGAUCAUCAUCAUCAUCAUCAUCAUCGUUGUCGUCAUCACCAUUGUCAUUGGAAAUGGAGGAGGAAUCCGCGUCGUCGGCUGAAGCAGAUGAAGCAGAUGAUGGUACUUGAGGAGCAGAAAGAGCAGUCUGUCGAAGAGGAACUGAAUCUGAAACAGGAUCAGGAUCAUCAGGAUCAGGAUAAGCAGCGCAUUGUCCUGCGACGCGUUCACGAUGCAGCCAUGUGGAGCUGAGGAUUCGGUUAACCCAAAUUCGUAGAUGUACCACGUAUAUACUAUAUAUAUAUAUGUCCCCCCUACAUAGAUCAUACACACACAACACCACUCACACACACACACACACCAAACACAUCCAAGAGGGUGAAUCGAUUUGCGUGAGGUGCAAAAACCAAUUUAUGAACAAUUCUAACUAAUUUCGCUGUAAAAACUUUCGAGCUAUUAACGUUUUUGCAGCUCUAAGCCUUCAACUAUGCAAAAGGCAUGCGAAAGGAAUUUUUUCAAAGAGUAACCUAUGUUUGUAUUACACAAAUUCAAACUGUUUCGGCUUUAAUAACCAUUUUUUUUUUAAGGAGUAUUAGUUUUGAGUGAUUUAUCAGCUGGUUUUAAAAUAUCUGGUAUUAUCCAAACGAAAAAUAUUUUUUUUAACCAAGUUUAAAACUCUAACCAAUUUGAUUGUAUAAAUUAUAGAUCUAAGAAUUAUUCUGACCUACCCAAAAGAGAAGAGGAGGAAAUUGGGUUCAUUAGGUUUAGCUUUAAAUGAGUAUCAUAAAGUUUCCAAGGCCAAAUUAUUUAGAAUUAUCCAUAGAAGACGACUCUAUCUUACUGUUCUAUUUUAUUUUUGCAACGCAAUCGGGUCGAGCCACCCUAAUAUAUAUAUACACAAUAUAUAUAUAUAUAUAUUACUAAUACAUAGUACACAUACUUAUCCUAUAUGUCCACCAUAUAGAUAAUUUGCUAUCUCUGUUCCGCUCGUGAUGAUCUUAAAACGUGAUCUUAAGUCUAAAUCAAUGUGUAAAAUGUUAAUUUCGCUUUCGUUCGAACCUUUUCUCCCAGUGUGUAAUCUUCCCCAGUUUCGGUUUGUUGUAGUUCUUUAUCUUUUCUCUCGCUCGCUCACUCUGUGUGUCUCUGUCUUUGUUGCUCUCGUGUCCCCACUGUCUCUGUCUCUCUCUAUCUCACUCUCACUCCGAUCUGUUUAUAGGAAUUGUAAACAACAAUUUUAACCCCACUUUUAGUGUAAAAAAAAAGAAGAAAAUCUCAAAUGAACUUGUAACUUGAUGUGAAACACGAAUUGUUUAUUAUAAGUUUUUAUUUUUACAUAUCAUUUACCCUUAUUUAAUAUAAAUCUCAAUUCGAACUUUCCGUAUGGCUCAGCACAUUGAAUUAUCUAUUGUGAGCCCUAAUUUUAGUUGUAUAGUUUUGUAUUUGAUCUCUCGGCUUUAGUUUUUGCAUUCAAAUCGAAAGAAAAUUCAGUUCCUGUGUAAUGGCAAAGAUGACUUGAGAAAUUGUAUUAUAAUUUAAUGGACUAGACAAUCAAUGUGCUGUUUUUAUAUGGAAAGAUGUAUUUUACCAAACAUAUAUAUUUCUAUAUCACUCGAGGAUCCUUCAGUAUUGGCUCCCCAAAAACCGAAUCAAAGGAAAGAAAGUACCUAAGUGAAACCAGCUAAUAUUUCGCUUACCGCUUUUUUUGUUUUUGAUUGACACCUUGUUUUCACUUACCUAAAGCGCAGUAUUUGUUUCAUUUAAUUCGAGAACAACCCGUAUACAUUUUUUCAUAGUUAGUUUGUAAAGUGAUAAGGUAUUUUUUUGAGUUUUUUUAUUAGCAGUUCUAAUGUGCAAUCUCCCCCAUCACCGAACUUUGACCUCUAUCUCACCUUCGCUCGAACACCUUGUGGUUUCCUUAAUUAGUUGCUAAGUACCCAAGAUAAACACACACACCCACACAUACACACACGAAUACAUAAAUCACCCACACGAAUUACGAUUAUGAUUUGCAUUACUAUAUACUAUAGAUAAUCUGUAGCUAAGUGUAAGCCUGAUUUCUGUGUAGUCUCUAAGCUGAAAGAGCAUGCUUUAGCUUUAGCUUUACCCUAACAUACGAAACUGCAUAAGCAUACGAAUAUAUAAUAUAUAUAUAGCCGCUGUACAAUUACUUGAUCUUUAGCAUUAACACUUAAAAACUUUUCAUUUGCAUUUACAUAACGAUUGUUUGUGUAUUCUUUUCGUUUUUCGAAAAUUAAAAAUUAUAUUAAACAAAUAUAUAUAUAGCCAUAAAAAAAUUA